AGACGCCAGACCGGAGAAGUUGACGCCGGCGCGGCAGCGAGCAGCGAGCCCUAGGACGUCCGGCCCCGAGUCCCCGACUGCCGUGGCCCUAAGAGGACGACCACCGGCAACAGGGUGACAGAAUGCAGUACCCUAGAGGCAUGGAACGAGAGGACUUCUCUGCCCCAAAGUCACAGAAGAGGAAGGCUGACUAUCGAUCUUUGCCUUCAGGCCAGAUCAAAACGGAAGUUGAGCUGCUGCGGAGGGAGGUUCCACUACCGUCGCCCAAUAUACCGAAGCCACCUAAAAGAAGCUUCAAGAUCGAGGCGCGCCCUCCCACGCCGCAGUCUGAUAGAGAUUCACAGCCAGAUUCUGGCCCUGCCGAUGAAUAUCGGGCAUUGCGGAAGAAGUACCUGCUCCUGGAGGAAGAGAACUACGCGCUGGACGAACAGUUAGGCAUGGCAGAGGAGGAAGCCAAGACUCUCGAGGAUGAAAAGUUUGCACUCCUGGAUCAGCUUGUUGUCUUGGAAGGCCUUAUGGAGCCUCCACAGCUGAAGCCACAGCGAAGUUUUUCGUAGGGUAUUUCUGCAACUGGUAUUGUUAGUUGUUACUCCUUUCUAGUCGGAGCAAUUGUAGUGAAAAAAAAAAGCUUUAAUAUCGGGAUUUAUGGAAGCUAGCUCUAUAUGAGGGUAGCUAUGUGGAGUAUUCAGGAUGAAAGAGUGAUACUUUGGAAUGAAAUAGGAUGGCAAAGCCCAUGUGAAGCUUGCCUCAAGUUCUGUCCAGGAUAUAUGUACUAAGGGAUUCAUGAAUGAUGCACUUACUUCUAUACGUGCUGAAUAACAUUGUUCUUGUAAAUUAAUAAGUCAAUGCUAUUCAAAUGGAUUUUUUUGAUCAUACAUGAUGCCACUUGUUUAA